CGGAGAACCCAUUCAGCCUCGCGAAACCAUAUUAAUAGACAAUUCAUAUGAGUUGAUGGCCCAAACUUCUCGAUAUAGCGUCAAAUCCCACACUCCUUAUGUGGGCUUAUUUGACUGGAACUAUCUCGUCCUUGCCGUCACGGAACAGGCUUCGGGUACGAAUGGCGGCGCCUACUGUUGGUUGGCAGUGGUCCCUGAAAGAACUCUUAUGCGGCGCGCGCUUUUGGGCUUCUUACAGAUUCCUCCCUCCACCCAUCAACCCCAUCAGUCACGGACUCUCAACCAGGGAAAACUCCAAGCUGGCUUCUCAACAUACGAGCAGAACUGGCAGGGAAUCAUGCCCCCUAAACGCUACCGCGACAACGAGCACACUAGCAGCACUGUUCGUGGGUCUACUCGUUACGCGUACGAAGACGACUUUGGGAUGGAGAAGCUGUCUCUUCGAGACAACCGUCAUCAUGAUAGGCAGCGGGAGUACUUGCAUGAAGGUGAGUACUAUUCAACUAAUCAUCUGGAGAGGAAUCGGGAUCGCCGUAUUGUAGCCCCGGACUUUAAGCUACGGACUUCUAGUUCCAGUUCCAAAUCUUCGAAAUCCGGUCCAUUUGGGCUAGGGCCUGAUGGUCUUAAAGGCCGCUAUGGUUCUAGUGGCUAUCGUGACUAUGAA